ACUUCUUUGGAGAUCUUACGGUCCAAAAAGAGUUUUCUGACUGAAAUGGGGAGAAGUCGACAGGGAGAAACAAAAACGGGGCGACAGCGAAGACAACUCCAAUUGGCGAUUCCUUUCUUCUUCUUCUUCUUCUUCUUCUUCUUCAUCUUCUUGAUUUUCUUUUUGGAUCAAAAUUGCGUUUGAAUCCGAAAAUGGUAUCGAAGACUAUUGAUAUGUUGAGGAAUGAGCUUCCGGUUCAACAAGAAUCUCUUGUCUUGUCUGGAGAAGUUCCUACCGGUCUUGUUCUCGUCGACGUCGUCAAUGGUUUCUGUACCGUCGGUGCUGGCAAUUUGGCUCCAGUUCGGCCUGAUAAGCAAAUUUCUGGAAUGGUGGACGAGUCAGUGCGGCUUGCCAGAGUGUUCUGCGAGAAGAAAUGGCCCGUUUUUGCAUUUCUUGAUUCUCAUCAUCCAGACAUUCCGGAGCCCCCAUACCCUCCUCAUUGUAUAGCUGGAACAGAUGAAUCCAAAUUGGUACCAGCGCUGCAGUGGUUGGAGAACGAACCAAAUGUAACAAUUAGAUGCAAAGAUUGUAUUGAUGGUUUUCUUGGUGCAAUCGAGAAAGAUGGCUCCAAUGUGUUUGUUGAUUGGGUAAAAACUAAUCAGAUCAAAAUUAUAUUGGUGGUUGGAAUAUGCACGGAUAUAUGUGUUCUAGAUUUUGUCUGUUCCACAAUAUCUGCAAGAAAUCGUGGAUUUUUUACUUCUCUGGAGGAUGUGAUUGUGUAUUCGCAUGGGUGUGCUACGUUUGAUCUUCCAGAUGAUGUCGCCAGAACCAUCCCUGGUGCCAUAGCUCAUCCACAGGAACUGAUGCAUCACAUAGGCCUAUACAUGGCCAAGGGAAGGGGAGCCAAGGUAGUAUCAGAAGUGUCAUUUGGUACGCCGAAGGAGGCAUGAUCCACCAUGAAAUAUUGUCAUUGCCGGUACUCAAGGUCUCAUAUUUGUGGAGUCUCCCCGCAUUUAAAUAGUAAAUAAACUGUUUCCUAUUUAUUUAUUUAUCUAUAGGUUGCUGAAAUAUAUCAAACCUCUUCUGCAUAUGCAGUGGCAUUCCCGAGCUGUGGAAUGGUCAGAGCAGAAUUUGGAUGUAUAUAUAAGAAAUUGGUUAUGCUGCCAAUAAAUUUUAUACAAAACUGUGCUUCUUGGUUCAGAUUCACCAAAUGAUGUUGUGAGUUGUGGGUCUAUGCCAUAAUUUACAGUAAAAUGCUACAAUUUCCGGUAUUGUUAUCCAAGGUUUAGGCAGUUUUUGGAUAUGACAUUAUUUCCAGUGAUUUAAUUUUUGCAAA